AUGUCAUUUCUUGCAAUCGAAGGCUUGCACGCCUUCGUCACCGGUGCUCAGGGAGGCAUAGGAAGCGCCAUCGUGAAAGAGCUCGUCGCCAAACCCGCAUCCGACAACCCCAAUAUCUUCCACGUUCAAGGUGAUAUAUCCGACGAAGACUCCAUCUCCACAUGCAUCCAGCAAGCCGUCACCCAUUUCGGACCCAUGAAUAUUCUAUGUGCGAAUGCUGGCAUCACUAAUGAGCAGAGCCAUCCAAAUAUCUGGGAGGUACCUCUCGAGACCUGGGAGAACGUCUACCGCGUGAACGUACGGGGAUGUUUCCUGUCAAUCAAGCACUUUCUCCGGCAAGCUAUACAAGCCCAGGCGCAGACGGGCCGAGAACUCUCCAAUCUAGCCAUUGUAGUGACUGGGAGUGAAUGUGGCAAGUUUGGUCAAGCAGGUCAUGCAGAGUACGCGAGCGGCAAAGCUGGCUUGCAGUAUGGGCUUGUGCCUACGGUGAAGAAUGAGAUUUUCUUUCCGGAUACGCCGAAUAGUGCUGGCGCUUUGCCUCUUCUAGUCGCCGCCGCUCUCGGAGACUAA